AUGACAGCAAGCGUUAUUGGACGACUCGUCAACGCUAUUCAUUUAAAUGCAACACCUCCAAAAUCAAAUUCUUUACUUGUAUUCGUCUGCAAAUUAGCUUCAUCACAUACAAACAAUCCCGCAAUACAUGGUUUCAUAAUUGGUGAUGAACCGAUUGCUUUAUUUCGAUCGGAACUUGAAAAACUACAACACAUAUUACAUUUUCCCGAGGAAUUGGCCUUUCAGUUAUCAGCAACUGAAUAUCAAUUAUUUUAUGAAAUGCAACCGAUGGACUAUGUUUAUUAUGUGAGCUGCGAUCUAACUUCAAUAGCAGUUGCAGACAAUCCAAGUCCAAUUCGAAAUCUCGUUAAACGCUUGUCUGAGAUAUAUAAGUUCAUGGAUAACUCAUCUUAUAGUAAGUAUGCCAACAUCUGGGGAACGGAAAACAAUUCUUACUUUCAUCUUUCGAAUGAUCGAUGUGUGCUGGAACAUUGGUUUUCAUAUUUAGGUAAUUUUAAUGCAGCAGUUGAAAUUUUGAUGGGAUUAAAAAGUGAAAAAUUACGGUCAUUUUGGUUAUUAUUAAAACCUGAGGAGAAGAAAAAAUAUGAACAGCUUUGUGAAACCCUUUUGCCCAGCAAUCAAGCGGCUUUAUCCACAGCUUAUCGAGAAGCGAUUCACAGAGCUUUACGGAUGCCACAAUGCAGAGUGAUUCCUUUUUUUGGUGUCUUCUUGCGUGACUUAUAUGCGAUAGUAAAUGAUAUGCCAAGCGUUCUGUUGACUGAUGAUGAAGAUGAUAACGACAAACUUGAGUUUAUGAAUGAACAAAGUGAUGAGGGUCAUUAUGCGUCCGAAACUGGUGUUAGUGGUUUGUUAAAUGCUGAUAAGAUCAGUCUGGUGGCUGUGGUACUUGGUAAUUUGGAAUUAUUUUAUCGCCAUUAUAAGAAUAUAUCCAACUUUGUUGCGGAUCCUACUAGGCCAAGUAUUGGAAAAGAAAAUCCAAAACCCAAGGGUUACGAUCCAGUACAACCGAUAAAAGGUGUUGUGAGAAAUAUUACUUUGGUACCUUUGGAUACGAAUCGCUUUGAUUUGGAUGUAAUCCAGCGGCUUCAUCAUGGUACCACAGUCAUUCGGUAUGAUCCGGAUACAGGUCGCAGCACACUUUGCAUGCUGAAAUUGGAUGCCAGUUGUGGUUUAUUGUCAUGGCGUAAAGUUGGUUAUUUGAGAACGAAGGAAAUGAGAGAUAAAGAUGCACAUAUUCCAUCGGUGUCACGAAUUCAAAGCGGAAAACCACAAAGUAUGACACCGCUAGAAAGUCGCAAUCCCCCUUCAUCACCAAGUUUACGACCAGAUGGAGCUGCCUGUACUACAUUGGAUUGUGGCUUUUUAAAGCUUUUCUAUGUUAAAUCUAUUGAAAAUGUUGCUUCAAACGAUAUCGAUAUUGAGGGCAUUUAUCGACGACAUAGCAACGAAGAAAUGUCUGUGCAAAUGUAUUGUUGGACGAUAAAUUUUGGUUGUUAUUUGUCUGAUAAUGAAUUUUUAUACUUUAUUGCACCAGAAAAAAGUGCCCAUUGCUGGAUAACUGGGCUAACCACUAUUGUAAAUUACUUACUAGAACAACAGAAAUGCGUAGAUCGACGAGUUUUAUGGCUUAGAAAAUUAUAUUUACAACUGUGUACAAAUUACGAACAGGAUAAGAUGAUCGAUGAAGGCAUAACGUCUAGUCCACAUCCUUAUAAAGCUCUUCAGGCUUUUGGUGGCCGAACCGAAGGAUGGAAGGAUUUUGGUUUACAAACUAUUGUUUCAAAACCACUUCAAUCAGGAACGUUUCGCUCUGCAGAAUUUGCGGCGGCAAAAGAUCGUUUAAAACAAAUGACAAGUGCUAUUACUCGACGAAUGAAAUUCGUAAGCCGUAGUAGUGCUCAUUCACAAAGUCCACAACCAUGUACACGAUAUCAGUCACUUCGAAAUCGUAUAGGUGACGAACAGUUCACGAUAUCAGAUCCAAGCACACCAAGAGAGAUAUCGAGAUCAUGUGAUAGUUCUUCAUCAACAGAUACCGCUAGUCUUGACAUCUGAACAAAAGUUUCCGAAGAUGCAAGUUUAAGCUCAAUUAUCUCUAGAGAAUUUUCGGUGUCUUCGAAAUCUUAUGAAGAAGAAUGUUCGGAAAAGCCUGUUACAUUAUUUGAGUUUAUCGAAUUAUAUAAAUUAUUUAAUGCAAACAUGCGAACAGAUCUGAAAGAUAUUUUCAACGAUUUUCUUGUCAUGUGCGGUUGUGACAAUGGAAGUGCAAUUAAGCAUGGAAUCAAUCAAAAGAUUUCACAAAUGGAGUCAACGCUUUCAGAUAUUGAAUUUAUACCAAACGAUAUCCUUACAAGGAAUACUUUUACAACAGCUCAACAUAUUAGUGAAAAGCAACAGAAGGUAUACAAUGCAUUAGCUCGUGCCAGUUUAAACAGUACGGAUCAGACGGAUGAAUGUUCAUUUCUAACUCCCGCAAUGUUGAAACGAUUUAUUGAGAUAUAUCAAAUGGAAAUUGUGGAUAACGAUUAUGCUAAUAAAAUAAUUCAGGAACACGAACCGGAUCCAACUUACCGGAGUAAUCAGCAACUUUCAUUUGAAGGAUUUGUACGCUAUAUGACAGAUUCAACAAAUUAUGCAUUUGUUCCUGAAGCAAUUGAACCCGAUCAGGAUACACUUCAUUAUCCAUUAAACUAUUACUAUAUCUGUUCAAGUCACAAUACUUAUCUCACAGGUCAUCAACUGAAAGGUGAAUCAUCCACUGAAAUGUAUCGCCAGGUGCUAUUAACAGGCUGUCGUUGUGUUGAAUUAGAUUGCUGGGAUGGUGAAAAUGGCUUGCCUCAGAUAUUCCAUGGUCAUACUUUAACGUCCAAAAUUAGUUUUCGUCAAGUGCUUAGUGUCAUCAAAAAGAGUGCCUUCGUUACUAGCAAUUUACCUGUUAUUUUAUCAAUCGAAAAUCAUUGUUCACUUCAGCAACAAGGAAGAAUGGCUCAAAUGUUUAAAAAUUACUUCGGGGAAAAUCUUGUUACAUAUUUUUUGUUCGAAGCUGACUAUAGUAAUUCACCACGACUUCCGUCACCGUGGCAAUUACAGAAUAAAAUUUUAAUUAAAAAUAAGAAAAUGAUCGCAGAACCAAGUGCUGGACUACGGAUGGAUAAAUAUUUUAUCAAAAACGAAGGCGACAUUAUGGAACAGAUAGAUGGAUUCUAUGGAAUAGAUGAAGAUGAUCUUGAAGAAUUUUAUGAUGACCUGGACGACGAAGAAGCAGAUUCGGAAAGCCCGAGGGUAAUGAACUGGUUGUCAAGAGGUACAACACAUGAAUCGUCCAGUGAAGCUGAAGAGGAGCACAAGUAUUCUGUGCCCAAAUUAACGCAUACUAUAAAUGCACUAUUCGACUCGAGAAUAGAUGAUGAAUCAUUGCCAGCUAAUGGAGAAAGAAUGUCGCAGAGGCUCAUUAAGAAGAUACCGGGACCUCCAGUUGCACCUGAAUUAUCAGAUCUGGUGAAUUAUAUGCAGGCUGCCAAAUUUAAGGGUUUUCCAAGAAUGAUCGAUUUUGUUCAUCGACGGGAAGAAUCUGCAAAAUCUUCUGUACUAGAAACAAUUCGAGCAAGCUCUAAUUUAAUAGCAACUCCAACACGACGUUUACGGAAUACUGCAUUAUCCAGUGGGGAAAAUAAAUUAAAAUUUGGAGAAGAAACUCGAUUUUCUGUGACUUCAUCUUCGAGACCCAAUAGUAAUGCAUCAUGCUAUCAAGUUACGUCACUUAAUGAAUCAUCCGCCCGGAAACUUUCAAGGAAACAUCCAUUGGAACUUAUUGCUUAUUCGCGCGAGCAGAUUGUCAGGACGUAUCCUGGCGGUAUGCGCAUUGAUUCUUCCAACUUCAAUCCAGUUCAAUAUUGGGCAUUUGGUUUGCAAAUGGUUGCUUUGAAUUUUCAAACCGCUGACACAGCAAUGGCUGUAAAUGCAGCAAUGUUUGAACAGACAGGGAAUUGUGGAUAUACUUUGAAACCGAGAAUUUUAUGGGACGAUUCCCAUCCACACUACAAUCGUUUUAAUCCGCUCUGCAAAGAUACUACUUCAAUAUCUGCUCUCCUUUAUACAGUUACGAUAAUAUCAGGACAACAUGUUUGUCCAAAUCAAAAUGGUGCUUCAACGUAUGUUGAAGUGGAAAUCAUUGGAAUACCAGCAGACUGUGCCAAAGAGAAGAGUAAAACAGUAUGUCGAAAUUCGGUGAAUUCAAUUUGGAAUCACACUGCAACAUUUCGGAUCGCUUUCGCUUAUUUGGCUUUUUUGCGGAUUUCUAUUUGCGAUAACACAACUGGCAGAUGUUUGGCACAACGAGUAGUUCCUGUGCGUUGUAUUCGGGCAGGAUAUCGUCAUCUUCCGUUACGAACACCCACAAAUGUACCGAUGGAUCAGGGAAUCGUAUUUCUCUAUUCACAUUUUGAACAAGAAGAACAUAUCUAUUUGCAUGACGAAGAUAGUAUUAUCAAUUGUAAUACAGAUCAGCAGUUGCAUCCUCAGAUACUCAAUAUCAAUCCGACGGCAGUGAUAAAAACAGUUCCUAUUCUUAAACGACAAAUUUUCGUACUGCGAAUAUCGGGCUUAUAUAAUGAUAAUACAUCGGUUAUUGUGCAUGCUGAAUUAUUCAGCACAGUUCGAAAUGUCAUAGAAAUGGCACUCACAAAUGCGGGAAAAAACGCUGACACAGCUGAGGAAUAUGUUUUGGUUGAAGUAAACAGCAAUGAAAUAUUGAGUAAUAAUGACGAAUAUCAAAACAUACAAUGUGAACAUCGUAUUUUACCAUCCAAAGAACCGAUAAUGGAUUUUGUAGCAUGUUGGAAUGGUUCCAUGCGACGUUUUAUCAUCAGAAAAAAAGGAACGGCAAGUGGUGUGGGAACACCGUCAUCAUUAAUUCAAUCACCAUCUUGCGCUCAAUCUUCAUCGGACAGAAAAGCAAACAAUCGUUCUUUAGGACAACAUGUUAUGCUUCAUAGAAUAAAAUCUUUGGAUCCGGAUGUUUUCAGCGAAAAGAAAAUUAUAACUGAUUUACGUCCACUAACGCGUACAGUGAGUGGAACUUUUCUGGUGUGUAUUCAUAACGUUAGCCGAAAUCAACCGUACAUUAUUCUUCGGGCGAGUAUUUACAGCACGGCUAAUGAUAUCAUCAAAGAAGUUUUCCUGAAAUCAAAACAAACAAAUGUCAUUGAAUCAGAAUAUGUGCUGGUUGAAGAAACAAUGAAGGAAACAAAUUCAGCUCUAAUUACAUCACUGGAAUCGAACAUUCUUGGUAAUGUAGCAAAACAACCAUCGGAAUAUAAAAGCGUUUCAAUGAGAGUGCUAGCGUUAAAUGAGAUUGUAUGGAAAGCACAAAGUGCAUGGAAAACAUCUGGACGCUUCGUGUUAGAAAGUCGCGAACAUACUAUUCACUCAACAAGAGAAAAAGUAAGAAAUUUAUUACAAGCACUCGAGAAUGCGCGUGUAAAUGCUGGUUCAUUACAAAGAAAAUGUUGA